AUGAAAGAAAGGUUAACAGUGACAUGUUUAAAAGCAAACACGGACCAUUCAGGACCAUUCUUGGCCUUUGAGCGGUACUGUACUCAACUAAGUAAAUGCACUGUAUAUUUUGUACCUUUGACUAUUUGCUUUUACUUACCCUGCAAGCACAUUAAUUACUUACAACACAAACGUUAUGAUAUAAUUAUAUUUUUUCCCACAGUUCAAGAGAGGACAACUUUUCUUUCUGUUGAAAGAAACAGGAGUGUCGCAACCCAGAUCCACCUUGAACUGGGAUAUUUAUAUCUUUACUACUAUGACACCACAAAAGCCAGGGAACAUUUCACUGUGGCUCAGUCCAACUUAGGCUUACAAGUUGAAAUCACAGGUGCUCUUGGAAAGAGAACAAAAUUUCAAGAAAAUGAUUUUGCUCAGCCAGUAUUAUUGGUUCAAAGAGAAGGAACCAUCAAUGGAAUUCCAACAGAUGAAUCUACUGAAAUGAUUAACCGACAGAAUUUGCCUAGAGAUGUUGCACUUGAUGAUGAUGUACUUCUGAAUAAGAUCCAGUUCAAAGAUACAAAUACUCAGCAAAUUAGCCAGACUGUUCUCAGUGCCUUAGAUCAGGCUGUCAUCCUUGGACUGACUUUUGAACACAAGAAGAGUCAGGCAGUUAGCAAACUUAACAAAGAAAAGCUGUUGGCAUAUUUGGAGGUAAGUUUUGUCAUAAAAUUGCUAUGUAGAAUGGUUCCAUCAUGUUGCUCCAAACUAUAUGGAACAUCUAGAGACUUGAAAACUAGAGAUUUAGCACAGUUGCUGCUUGGCUUGGGUGUGGUCAAAAGUGCUGUGGAGAUUUUCCAAAAAUUGCAUUCCUGGGAGGAUCUUGCAGUUUGUUACCAGAGCUUGGGGUGGUAUGCCAAGGCAGAAACACUUAUUCGAGACCAACUGAAGAUAAAAGAAACUGCCCUUUUAUGGUGUCUUUUAGGCGAUACAUUAAAGGAUGCUAGCUGUUACGAGAAGGCCUGGGAACUAUCAGGCCAUCGGAAUUCAAGAGCCCAAAGAUCUCUGGGAUAUUUGUAUUUAAGGGCUAAAGAGUAUGCGAAGUCAAUACCAUGCUUCCAAAAGUCGCUGGAACUCAACUCAUUGCAGCAUGGAGUGUGGUUUUCCCUUGGUUGUGCAGCAAUGGUGACAGGAGAUUUCCAACUCUCUUCCAAAGCAUUUCAUCGCUGUGUUUCACUUGAUAGUGAGAAUGGGGAAGCAUGGAAUAAUCUCUCUAAUAUCUACAUAAAGACAGGGCAAAAAGUGCGAGCACACCUUGCUCUCAAGGAAGGUCUGAAAGCCAACUAUGGCAGCUGGCACAUGUGGGAGAACUUUUUGGUGGUUAGUGUUGAUGUUGGUGGCUUCAGUGAUGCUAUUUCAGCAUAUCAUCGCUUGAUGGACUUACGAGAAAAGUACUGUGAUACAGAGGUUUUAGGCAUUCUGGUAAAAGCGGUGAACGAAGGAAUUUUGGACAACCAGGACCAACCAGCCUCAAUUCUUAAACCAAAGAUGCUUAAAUUGAUGGGAAGGCUUACAUCACAGGUCACCAACAAUUUUGAGGUGUGGAAGCUUUACUCAGAUUUGUACCGAAAUGGCGAGUCUCAAGAAGACAAAGAAAAGGCGUUAAACUUCCUGGUCAAGGCCCAUCGCACUAGAACCCAGGCUCCAGGCUGGGAAAAUGAUGUCAGCCAGUUCAAGGCAGUCAUAGAGUUGACUGUUCACCUUUGUCAAAUGUACAUGGAAGUUAGCCAAUGCAAAGACAACAAGGCUGAAUCAGUGCAGCUUCUGUCCUCAGCUAAACUCAGUCUCAAACAGUUGAUUACAAGAGCUAAGAAACACCACACCGAUCCACUUACUGGGGAGAUUCAUGCCGAACUUUCGCAAUCCGUCAUGGACUUAGAGGACAGUCUACAGAGAACUGUUGAAUUGAUUUCUAAUUUUAAGAGUUAACUGGAUUAUGUUGUGAUUCAAAUGGAUGAAGCACUUCUGAAAAGCCCACUAAUAACGUACCCGCCGAGAUGUAACCUGUCUAUUUCCUGCGAGGAUUCAGUUUGUUGUCAAGCCGCACAAUGGAGCCAAAAAUCGACUUACAGGACAGUGCAAACCUUCCAAAACCUCGCGCUGAAUGUUUAGUAACUACAGUUAACAGAAAGUGGCAUUUGUAAAAUAUCAUUUCUCCCACCGCUAAUGAUAGUCGCUAAUAUGGGGAUACAGAAAAACACCACCACCAUAUGUGAACACGUGAUUUAUUCAGAAAAGAAAUCGAAACAAACUGAAGUCCACACGCAUCUGAGUGGAUUCUAUGGGUAAAAAGAUUUAUAAAAUGACUGUCUGAGGAAAUGCUAGUUGCAAAUAGAGUAUUAAAUAGUAAUGGUGUAUCAAAUAUACCUAUAGAGUGUUUUUAGUCACGUGGCCAGCACUCAUGCAAAUUUAUUGGAACAAAAGAAAGUGUUUACAUCAGAAAAGAGUUCAACUCCCACAGGACUGGUUUGAUACACCAUAUGGCCGCCGUUUCAGUGUUUUUGGACAACAUUAUUCUGUUCAGAGCAGCGUCAAAAUCAACGUUUGGAGACCAGAAUAACAUAAGUGCUACAUUUUCUUUCUUUGAAACUUAUCCCAAGAGAACAAAAAAAGAACGCUUUUAGGAAAAACGGCGGGAAUAAGAUAAAAGCCAAGAUGUUCAUAACGAAAACUCACGUCAGUGGCCGUUAACUGUUGUACAAAAAAACAAAACAAAACAAAA